UAGUGCAGCCAAUUGAAUGAUCGGCAGAGACCAAAAUAAAGUGCACGGCGAGCGCUGAGGCACAUGGCCCAAGUACUCAACACGGCGGCGUCGGUGCCGCCAAUUGAUAAAAGAUAAAAAUAAAGAGUAUGCCACGCAAGAAUUUGUUUUAUUUUGCUCGCAUCUCGAAUCUCGAUUGCAUUUGCUUGUAAAUUCUUGAGACGAACGCGCGGCGCGUGCAUUGAACGUUUCAAGGCGAUUACAUAAAUCGAACGAAAUAAUAAAGUGAAUUAUGCAGAAAACGCUCAAAAAGGAGCUCAGCUUCUCGCUGGACACGCUGGAACGCUAUCGCGCCAAAUAUGGACGCAGUGCAUCGCUGGACACAAAUGGACACAGCCAACAGAUGGAGCCACAGCGCGAUGCAGCGCAUACAACAGGCCCAGCCCGUUCCCCGCCACCCUCGCUCUUUAAGGCCAACUCUCCACCCAAGCUGACCAAGCUGCAGGAACUGCAACAGAAGAAGGAGGCGUAUAUGCGGGCACGCGAACACGAGCGUGAAAUGGAGAAGUUACAGCGGGCAGAUAAAGGCAACAGCAAUGGCAGUGCCAGCCUGGACCUAACCAGGCCCAGCACAGUCAGCAACAGCAGCAGCAGCAACAACACCGCAACUGGGAGCAGCAGUAGCAGCGCCGCCAAGAGCAGUACCGCCUCGUCGGUGGCCGCCGCCCUGGCGCAGCAACAGGCAAGCAAAACGGCCGCCGGCUACAGCAAUUGGAGCAACAAUCACACAACGUUAAGUGGCCAGCCGUGGUGUGCGAUCAGCGAUCUCAUGUACUUCUGUGACAAAUACGAGUUCAAGACGCUCAGCACGAGAGAUCUGAAAACGCACCAGGAGAUCGUCGCAGAGGUGCGUGCCUUGCUAUCGGGCAAGGCGCCAUUUGAUCAGCGCACACGCUUUCCCGGCAACAUCCACGAUCCGGAGAAUCUGUGGGUCUGCAUUGGACGCUGCGCCAGCGUUGAAUAUCAUUUGCAGCGCAUCAUUAGCGUCUUCCGAAAGCCGCUCAACCAGCUGACGCCGGACAAACAGCGCGCUGUGCGUCAGAACUUUCAUCUGGCUGUGAGUGAACUCCGGCUGGACAUCUCGGCGCGCAUCAGCGAGGUGCGCCUCUACGAUCGUCUGGUGUUCGAGCGCGAAUUUCGACUGGAGUGGCAGGAUGAAGCCUAGAGAAAGAGAUUGCGGAUUAGAGUGGGUACAAUUGGUGAUUUAACAAGCACAACAGUGGACAACAAUUUAUUUCAUUUCAAAUUUGGCUUGGAAUUACUUUUCUUUUUUGUCUUUUGGUG